GCUGGGAGGCCACAGGUGCAGCCAGACUAGGAAGCAGGAAGCCCGAGGUGCUGUCUCCCCCAGCCAGGACAGUCCUCUCUAAGAUGAUAGGUGCCCAAGGACUUGCAGGGAUGGCCCUGUCCGCCAGGGAUGUGGAGAGUGAGCUGCAGGAGACGGUACAGCAACUGCUCGGCAGGCUGAAAAGCCACAAUCUGUUUCAGUCCGGAUGGGACAUUGCAGCCUUCACGGUCUUCUUCACCUUCAUCGGAACAGUCCUGGUGCUGAUGCUCCUUGUCCUUCUGCACUGCUGCUGUUGCAACUCCUCCAGCCCCCCAAAGAGAAGACCCAAGGGAGUGGACAACUUGGCCUUGGAGCCAUAGUUCAGUGCCACUCACCAGACAGCCUUGGAUUCGGACUGCUUGAAAUCAAGACCAGCACCAGCUCUUCCAUAGCCCAUACAUUGAAGCAACAUUAAAAAUCAUAUUGUAUCUCCCCA